CGGAAGCGGCCGCCGGGACUCAGUUGAGUGACAGCAGGAGCCGCAGCGCCAGACCUCCAUAAUAUCCGAUCCACAUCUCGCUUUUUAUAAAGAAAACGUGAGAAUAAAGCCCGGACCGCACCAUCUGAGGUAAUAUUUCGGAGUGUUUGUUAUGGAGGCUCUGGUUGGUCGUCUGGAGCGGGCAGUGGUGCGUCUGGAGGCUGUGGCUGUCAAACUGCAGAGCUGUCCUGGAGGAUUGAUCAACGGAGACAUCAGCGCCAUCAUCAACGGAGGUGAAUCCCAGAGCAUGGAGGCGUUUGACCAUCUGCUGAGCGGCUCUGUGUCUGAAUAUGUGCAGUCCAGCGCUGCGAUUGGUGGAGACGUGGCGAAACAUGCAGAGAUGGUGAAUAAUGCUCUGCAGGUCCAGCGCACUUUCCUCAAAAUGGCCAUGACCCACCAGGAGCCAUCAAAGACGGAGCUGGCUGACCUCCUCAGACCACUGUCCGACCAGAUCCAGGCGGUGCAGAAUUUCCGUGAGAAGAACCGCGGCAGCAGCCUGUUCAACCACCUGUCUGCAGUGAGCGAGAGCAUCCCUGCGCUGGGCUGGGUGGCUGUGUGUCAGAAACCAGGGCCGUAUGUGAAGGAGAUGAACGAUGCUGCAAUGUUUUACACAAAUAGGGUGCUGAAAGAUUACAAAGACACUGACGCUCGUCAUGUGGAGUGGGUGCGUUCAUACCUGAGCAUCUGGACUGACCUGCAGGCGUUCAUCAGAGAGCAUCACUGCACUGGACUCAUCUGGAGCAAAACUGGUCCUGUAACUCCUCCCUCUCUGCUCAGUGCUCCUCCUCCUCCUCCUCCUCUUCCAGUGAUGAUUGACAGCUGCAGUUCUCCAGCAGAUGCUCCAUCAGUCCAGCAUGCGGCUCUAUUCGCUCAGCUCAACCAGGGAGAGGAGAUCACCAAAGGUUUAAAGCAUGUGUGUGAUGAACAGAAGACCCAUAAAAACCCAAACCUGCGUUCUCACGGAGGAAAAACACACCACGGCUCUCCAUCUAAAACCCAGAGCUCUUCCUCAUCUAAUCCGGUCAGGAAACAUACACCCGUGCUGGAGCUGGACGGCAAGAAGUGGAGGGUGGAGUAUCAGGAUCAGUGUGCAGAGCUGCUGAUCGAGGACACAGAGCUCAGACAGGUGGUUUACGUCUUCAGCUGCAGCAGCUCCACCCUGCAGGUUAAAGGCAAAGUCAACUCCAUCAUCGUGGAUAACUGUAAGAAGCUAGGCCUGGUUUUUGACAAUGUGGUGGGCAUCGUGGAGAUCAUCAACUCCAGAGAUAUUCAGCUUCAGGUGAUGGGAAAAGUUCCUACUAUUUCCAUAAACAAGACCGAGGGCUGCCAUGUCUACCUGAGCAAGGAUUCACUGGACUGCGAGAUCGUCAGUGCCAAGAGCUCCGAGAUGAACAUCCUGGUUCCCGAGGGAGAAGAUGAUUAUAGGGAGUUUCCAGUUCCAGAGCAGUUUAAAACGGUCUGGGACGGCUCCAGCCUGGUGACCGAGCCCACAAAGAUCGCUGGCUGAUUGAUCUGCUUCCUCCUACCCAUAAUUCUUCAAGCACUUUCACUAGAUCACUGUUAGCUGACACGCAAGGAUCCUUACACUGUGCUUGUGGGAGUUGAAGAUUUAGACUCAGAACAUCACAAUUAUGAGCAAAAUAUGGACAUACACAAUUUACUUCCCCAGACCAAUUGUGAAAGCUUUAAUCACUGAUGGAUAUUUUUGUCCUAAAGCUGCUAUAAUUAUUAUUAUUACUAUUAUUAUUAUUAUUAUUAUUAUUAUACAUUAACAGUAGUUAUACAGCAUGAUGGAGCCAUUGUUGAAUUAGGGGUGUGCGAUAUGUAUGAUCUAUGAUAAGAUUAUAACUGCUGGUUUAUUGAUAUGCCAGCUGAUAUUAUGGAGCAUGAAAACACACACACACAGAGGGUGUAAACGCAUUGACUAUAAUGAAGAUGAAAUGCAGUCAGAAUGAGCUGAUCAUUUUAAUAAAGGUAGUUUUUAUAUUUAAAAGUCGUGAUACGGUUCAGUAUAUACACAAGCACGAGCAAACACUGCUGUUUCCUUCCUGAAUGAAUCAGUUUUUGAACAAAUCAUUUGAUUCAGUGAUUCAUUCAUAACAUGAUGACAAUCACUUGGUUCAUUUCUAAAGGAAUCAUUUACAAAGAAUCUUUUAAUUGAUUGACUCUUAUUUUUUUAUUACACAACUAAAACCAGCUGAGAUAACCGCAAAACUGAGAUUGUUUUUUACAGUGAAAAAAGAUGCAGACAAAGCUUGUGUGCGCAUCUCAGAAAAACACUGCUGUUUUCUUCCUGAAUGAAUCUGUUUGUGAAUUCAAUGAAUGAAUUUGUGAUUCAAUUCAUAACAGAAAGAGAAUCACUUGAUUCAUUUCUAAAGGAAUCAUUUCGAAAGAAUCUUUUGAAUGUUUUUUUUCAUGACAGACUUAAAACCAGCUGAGAUAACGGCACAACAGCAAACUAAGCAAAAGAUAAAGUAUCAUAGUUAAGUUGGCGCAAUAGCCUAGUGGUUAGCGCGCCUACAUAUGGUGGAGUAGCGCGUCAGGGCGUCCCGAGUUCGAAUCCCUGCUUGAGGACAUUUCCCUACCCUCCUCUCUCUCUCCAGCUUCGCUUCCUGUCUCAUUACUGUCCUAUCUAAAAAAGGCAAAAAACAAAUCUUUAAAAAAGUAUCAUAAUUAAAACUCUUCAAGAAUAUAAUAAUAAAUAUUAUUAUUAUUAUUACUAAGAUUUUAGACACAAUAUUGUUUUUUUCAAUGAUAACAGAUGCAAACAAAGCUUGUGUGCGCAUCAGAAAAGCACUGCUGUUUUCUUCCUGAAUGACUCCGAGUCAACGAUUCAGUGAUUCAUUCAUAACGUUAAGAGAGUCACUUGGUUAAUUCCUAAAGGAAUCAGUCAUUCUGAUUGAAUCUUUUGAAUGAUUCAAUGAAUCUUUUAUGAAUCUUUAGUGUUGUUUAUUUAUUCAGGACACACUUAAACCAGCACACUAAGCAAAAAACAACAUAAUAUAAUUAUGAAAUAAAAUCAAAUAAAAAAGAGAUGUAAUUUUUGCUCAAUAUCGCACGCUCCUAAUGGAAAUAUGGGAGUUUUUGUGUCAGCAACUCAAAAGGAUUAAGUCAAAGUGAUAAAUAGACAAAGAUGUAUCAGUAGUUGUCAGAAAUCUUAUGUUAAAAUACUGUCUGGUUUCGUGUAGGAAUAAAAAGAUCAAAUGUUUUUCAGUUUAUUUUAAAAAUACUAAGUUCUGUUUGUAGAUAAAGCGUCCACAAUCCUUCAUGAUUCCCACAGUUCACAGAGGCUGCUUUCAGCUCAUAAAUAAGUAAAAUAAUCAGGUUUUUAUUUGGCUCUGGACGCAGACUGUGUGCAAUCAUUUACAGAGGAGAAAUGUACAGUGAGUCAAUCAGCAGACGCUUUUAUCCAGAUAGUUCAUAUUUAUGAAUAUAAAGGCCAUUUUAAAAGAAGUCUGUCAGUAAAUUUAGCUUUUAAUUAUUUUAAGAUCAGAAAAACAGGAAAAACCAUAAAGGAAUAACUAGAAAAUGCUGUCAAAAUAUAAUAAAUUUACCAACAAACACCUUUAAUUUGACACACCAUUACCUGUUUCUGUUCUGCAAAUGAUUGAGUGCCUUUUUCUAAGAUUUUGUAUUAUUUUAAUAUAGUUUCAAACAGUUCAGGUGUUAUUUUAUAGCUCUGUACUUCACUAUAAUCUCCUGAUCCAAAUGUUUCUGUUAUUGACGCCCACUGUGGUGAUCAGAGACAUGCAGCAUUAUUAGAAUAACACAACUUCAUUUGUCUAAAACUAGAUGUUUGCUGGAUGUUGGCUCUUUGCAUUCACACUUUCCACAUCUGCCUGUAAAUUGAUGUGCUUUAAAUGUUCGCUCAACAGUAAAGUCUUGCACUGAAAAAAGAUUAAUUGGAUUUACUCAAUUAUUUUAAGGUAUGUGGACUGCAAACAGUUUAUAUGGGCUGAAUUUAAACUAACAAGUUGAAUGUAGUAAUGUUCAACUUCAUUUGUUUGUUUAAAGUCAGCUCAUAUGAGUUGUUUGCAAUCCACGUACCCUAAAAUAAUUGAGUAAAUCCAAUUAAUCAUAUUUUCAGUGUGAAUGCUUGAGCUCAUUUUGAAUGUAUGUCAGCAUGUGUUCAAUAUGGAGUGGCAUGGUGGCACAGGGGUUAACACUGUGGCCUCACAGCAAGAAGGUCGCUGGUUCCAGCCUUGGCUGAGUCAGUUGGCAUUUCUGUGUGGAGUUUGCAUGUUCUCCCGUGUUGGCGUGGGUUUCCCCCACAGUCCACACACAUGCGCUAUAAGUGAAUUGAAUAAACUAAAUUGGCCUUAGUGUACGAGUGUGUGUGUGUGUGUGUGUGUGAAUGAGUGUGUAUGGUGUUUCCCAGUACUGGGUUGCAGCUGGAAGGGUAUCCACUAUGUAAAACAUAUGCUGGAAUAGUUAGCGGUUCAUUCCACUGUGGCAACCCCUGAUUAGUAAAGGGACUAAGCUAAAGGAAAAUGAAUGAAUGUUUAAUAUGAAGCAUUCUUCGAUUCAUAAAAGGGAACUACGUUACUUCUGGUCAGUCAGUAAACAUUUAAACGUCUACAGUAAACGUCUACAUUUACCGAAACAUGUGAUGCACAUUUAUCAACAGAACAUGUUCCUCAUAUUUUAGAUAAACGCCUUAAUUCGUACUCUUCCAAAGGGUUUUCACGUGAUCAUAUGAUGUAGUUGAAUAAAGUAACUGUGAACUUG